AUGGAUGCAGCACAUCGUAUGCUGCCUCCUCCACCAAUGAUACAUGGUCUUCCACCAAUGCCACCACCACCAAUAGAUGAAGAAGAAAGAUCGGUGAUCGAUCGGCUGGCUGAGUUUGUAGCUAAAAAUGGUCCACAAAUGGAGGAGCGAACUCGAGAAAAAGAAUAUGGUAAUCCACGUUUUGGGUUUCUGUUUGGUGGACAACACUCAGAUUACUACCGAUUCCGAGUGAUGCAAGAAAUGCGUGCACUGAAUGACAAUAAUGGCUCAAGGCCGUCAGCAGUGAAUGCGCCACCGUUACCAAUAAAUAUGCCCCCAGCACAGUUUGAUGUGAACGCAGCUAUGGUUGAAAUUGCAUCUCUUACACAGCAAAUCACCGAUAGUGAGACUAACUUGAGAGCUCAGUUCGAUUCGAUUGAACCAAGAAAGGAGGCACAGUUAGCGACAGCCAUCGAGCAAACGGAGUCAGAUAAGAUCGCAUCAAUUUGUGAACAAGUGUCUCUGGAUGUGGCUCCUUUAUCUGCCCUUUUAGACCAGUUGAAUGGCCACUGCUCCAAGGAUGUCAUUUCGAACAGUAAAAAAUGGAUCUUCGAGAAAUGCACAACUGACCGAUUGCGUGAAGCGAUUCUCAUGUAUUUACUGUAUCGCGUGAAAGAAACGCGUGCUACUGAGCAGUUCAAGUUGCACAUUCUUUAUUUAAUCAAUGAUUGGGCUUAUCAUUGUCAACGUAAGAAGUUGGAUGCAAUAAGACAGAUGCUAUCUAGAUACGUACCGCAGUUGUACGCAUUCACAGCGCAUGGAGUGAAGGAUGCAGCUUUGAACGAAAAAUUGGAAAAGUUAGUUGGUGUUUGGGAGGGACACAAAUAUUUUGAUGAUGGCUGCUACAAGCAGUUACGUAAUCCUCUACUAAUCUAUCAAAAUUGGAAGAAUGCGCAACAGGCCGAGUACGCGAAAAAGUCAGCUGAAAUACACGCACAGUUGAUGAGUGUGUACAAGGGCUAUGAACAACAACAUCGUGAAUUUACGCUUCAUGUACAGAAUCAAAUUACCAUUUUACAGCAACACAUCGAUGCAGCAAAUCGUAUGAAAGCUAGUGGUGCGAUGCCCAUCGUUCAGUCAUCAGCACGAUCUCAAUCACAACAGCCAUCCGCAGCUCAGAUGUCUACGCAGCAGUCUGCUGAACAUACAAUGAAUCGUCGCGAACGUCGAUCGAGAUUCGAUCAGAAAGCACCUCAGCCACCACAACAAUCUUCUUCUUCUGAGCAUCUUCAAGCACCUGCUUCGGAUACUUCAGAUUAUGGACGCUUCUUCACUGCUCCACCACCACACUCAGCCAACUGUCCUUCUCCACGCGAUAUUUAUCAUGCAAGACCGGAUGACGUUGAAGAAGAUGCGCCAUUUGUUUAUUAUGAUGAGGAAGAUUAUGGCCGUACUAAUAAUAAUAAUGAUGCACAAAUUGAAGCGUUUGCUUCAAAUGAACCGUCUGUUCACAGUCAACAUGGAAUUGCUCCAUCACUAUUCGGCGGUAUUUCAUCAAAUUCAGAUGCAUCACGUAUGCCACCGAGAUCGUUACUUGAUGAUUCGGCGUUAAUACCCAAUUGUCCUUAUUAUGAUCUUCCAGCUGGUUUAAUGCUACCUCUUAUUGAAAUGGAUGACAUUCUGUAUAAGGCGAUACCAAUUGAGAAGUUGCGGCUUCCACCUCCACUACCUCCAAGCGAACGAUUAUUGCGGGCAAUUGAGACGUAUUAUUCACCACGCAGCGUUGAUAAUCAAAGGGAUUCUGAUGGUUGGGAGAGACUGGGAUUGAUUGAGUAUUACGCGAAAAAGGAAGAGGUUCGAAAAAAACUGGAUGAAAAACUCAAAGCUGAAGGGAAAACGAUUGAGGAUAUGAUAGAAAAUGUCUAUUUGGACACUGAAGAGAAGAAGUACGAUGAUGGCAAGAAACGAUCAGCACAUUCACCUUCGAGAAUUCGUCGACGCUCCACUUCGUCUAGCUCUUCAAAUACCUCAAAAUCAUCAAUUCAUUCGAGUGCCCAUCGUACGAGAAGACGACGAACUUCAAGCAGUUCAACGUCAAGCUCGCGUUCUCGCUCGAGAUCAAGGUCAAGAGAACGAAAGAGUUCACAUCGUCGUUCGCGCUCGCAUUCCCCGCGGAGAAGACCUCGAAAAUCUAGCUCUCGAAGUGCAUCACCCGAAACGCGACCUUCAUUUGGCAUCAGUACUAAAACUCACGGCCGUACUCCAACACCUCCUACCUUCGCUGCUCCGAUGGGACCACCACCUCGUUUGGGUGCAGCAAAUAAAGGUGCUCAAUUGCUUUCAAAGAUGGGAUGGCAAGGUGGUGGUUUGGGUGCUGAACAGCAGGGUAUUGAAGAACCGCUCAGUGGUGGUCAGGUACGUGAACAGCAAGAUCAGUACCGUGGAGUUGGUUCUAAACCGGAUAUAUUCGAAGAAUAUCGUCGACAAAUGAGCGGCUAUCAUAAGAGGAGAAAUCGCAGGGAUUUGGAUUGA